GGGGGGGGGGGGCGUCCUCCCGUCCAGCCUGGACUGCAGGCAUCGCAGACGCCACGCAGACAACAGGCAUGAACGACAUCAAGCUCGCCCUGCUGGGAAGCCGCGGCGCCGGCAAGUCAGCCGUCCUGGUGCGCUUCCUGACCAGGCGCUUCAUCGGUGAAUAUGCCUCCAACGCCAAUUCCCUUUACCACAAAAGGAUGUCGAUCGAUGGCAGGCAGCUGAAUCUGGAGGUCUUUGACCCCUGCUCUCAGAGCUCGGAGGCCCGGUGCAUCGCGGAGGAGCCGGUGGUUUGGGCGGACGGCUUCGUGGUCGUUUACAACAUCAGCGACCGCCGCUCCUUCGCCGAGGCCGAGGACGUCCUGCGGCGGAUUCGGGAGGCGCGCGUGGACCCCUGCAAAGGCGAGGUGGGGGUCCCCGUCUGUCUGCUGGGGAACAAGCGGGACCUGUGUCACGCCCGGCAGGUGUCCGAGGACGAGGGCCGCCGCCUCGCUCGGGAGAGCCGCUGCCACUUCCAGGAGGUCUCCGCCGCCGAGAGCGACCAGGACAUCGCCGGCCUCUUCGCCCGACUCAUCCGCCAGGUGAUGGAGCACCUGAAGCACCGGGCCGACCGGAGGCGCUACAGCGGCUCCAAGUCCAUGGCCAAGCUCAUCAACAACGUGUUCGGCAAGAGGAGGAAGUCGGUGUGAGGGGGUCGGAGGUCGCCCUCCUGGAAGCUGUGUCAUUUCAAAC